AUGGCGCAACACAAGGAGUUCAUGAAUGCGGGGAAGAAGCCCGGCCUGCAGGUGUGGCGGAUAGAGAAAAUGGAUUUGGCACCCGUCCCUACUGCAUUCUUUGGACAAUUCUACUCUGGAGACUCUUACAUAUUGCUCAACACCACCUCUGCUCCUUCUUACAACGUUCACUCGUGGUUUGGCAGCAAAGCUUCCCUGGAUGAGAAAGGGGCGGCUGCCAUCUUCAUGAUCCAAAUGGAUGACUUUCUGGGUGGAGCCCCAACACAGUUCACUGAGUUUCAAGACAAAGAGUCAGACACCUUUCUGAGCUACUUCAAUGGCAUCACAUACAAGGAAGGUGGAGUGUCCUCAGGCUUCAAGCAUGUCGUGACCAAUGAAGCAAAUGACAGAAGACUGCUGCACAUCAAAGGUCGUCGUAAUAUUAGAGCCACGGAGGAGCCCAUGUCCUGGGCGAGCUUUAAUAAAGGAGACUGCUUCAUCAUUGUGUUGGGAGAGGACAUCUACUCAUGGGUUGGCAGUGAAUGCAAUAGGUAUGAGCGCCUGAAAACCACUAAGCUCGCCAUUGGCAUCCGCGACAAUGAGCGAAACGGUCGUGGGGAAAUAGAAAUUAUUGACGAAGGCUCUGAGCCAGAAGCUGUCAUUAAAGCCCUUGGACCAAAGCCUGACCUCCCAUCAAGUAAUCUCUCUGAUACUGAUCAUGAUGAGAGGGAAAAGAACGUGGCGUCUCUCUAUUUGAUUUCUGAUGCUACCGGCUGCAUGAAGUCAACUCUGGUGGCUGCUAAAACCCCGUUUAAAAAAGACAUGCUAUCCCUCAGUGAAUGCUACAUCUUGGACAAUGGAGGAAACAACAAGAUAUUUGUCUGGAAAGGUCCAGAUGCAAAUAAAGAUGAGCGUCGAGCUGCAAUGAGUGUUGCAAAUAAAUUCAUCAAAGACAAGAAUUACUCCCAAAAUACUCAGGUCCAGAUAAUGGCAGCAAAGGGCGAGACCACCCUCUUCAAGCAUUUCUUCGACGACUGGUACAAUCAGGUGGAGGAGAUUCUAUUCGACGCCUCCCAACUACACUGCAACAUCAGCAUGGCUGCCCAGCAUGGCAUGGUCGAUGAUGGCUCCGGGGAAGUCCAGAUUUGGCGUGUGGAAAAAGGUGAUAAAAAACCUGUGGAGCCAUCCAACUAUGGACAGUUCUUUGGAGGUGACUGUUACCUGGUGCUGUACUCCUACAAAGAUGGAUCCGAAGAGAAGCAUAUCCUCUACAUCUGGCAAGGGCUGAAGUGCUCUAGGGAUGAACUGGGUGCGUCAGCAAUUCUCGCCACCAAACUGACCGAUUCCAUGGGUAGAGCAGCUACCAAGGUGCGUGUCACUCAGGGCCAUGAACCCCCUCAUCUUGUGAGCAUGUUCAAGGCCAAGCCUCUGGUCAUCUACCUGGGUGGGACAUCUCGCAGUUCUGAGGAGUCCAAGCCUGGUACCAAGCGACUCUUUCACAUCCGCCAGAGCUCCACCAAAGCCACUCGGGCUGUUGAGGUGGAGCCCACUGCUUCCUCCCUGAACACCAAUGAUGUCUUUGUACUGAAGACUCCUGAUUCCCUGUUCCUGUGGAAGGGAAAAGGAGCGACUUCAGAGGAGAUAGAUGCUGCUGACUAUGUUACCAAACUGCUUGAAGGAACUAUCACUGUGGUGGAGGAGACCAAGGAGCCAAACGGUUUCUGGAAAGCACUGGGUGGGAAGAAUGAGUACCAGACCUCCCCGUCCCUGGAGAGGACGGACAGGCUUCCACGACUGUUUGGCUGUUCAAACAAAUCUGGGAGGCUGAUAUUGGAGGAGGUGCUUGGUGCUUUCACACAGAGUGAUCUGUUACCGGAUGAUGUCAUGAUUCUGGACACUUGGAAUCAGAUCUUCGUUUGGGUUGGAAAAGAUGCCAAUGAGACCGAGAAAGCUGGAUCACUCAAGAUUGCUGAAGACUAUUUGAAGUCUGACCCCUCUGGCCGUAGCGGUCUCCCCAUCAGCACUAUCAAACAAGAGGACGAGCCACUCUCCUUCACCGGCUGGUUCCAUGCCUGGGACUCCAAACUGUGGGAGGCCAAGAAGUGGAAUUAACCACAAAAGCAGUAGCAUCGGCAACAUACCUACAAAGAUUCAUUACUUAUCGUAUCAUUGAACUUAAAAGAAUAAUCAACCUGUAAGACAUUGUGAGCUUGGAAUUUCAAAGUUCUGUGUGGUGGAGGGCAGCAUGGAGAUGCAAUAAAGAUUUAACAUGGCUUUUUGCAACUCUGAUGUACUUAGCACAGAAUCUUAUAAAUAUAUUGAGUUAAACCUUUGCUGGGAAAGUUUCUGGAAUUUUUUUGAAGUACUCUGUCUCAUGCAUUAAAACAAUAAACUGUUUACGAUCCAGUUAAAAACCAUGAUGUAAUAUUUGUUUUCCCAAUUCAGGGUGGCUUUACGGAAAAAUAAAAUAAAAAUCCACAAUUGUAUUGUUUGUGACAAAAAUACUUUAAAUUUAAGGUAACAUUUUCCCUUUUUUAAGCC